AUGAAAACUCAAAAUAACUUUGCUCAUUUCUCAAGAGGUGGCAAAUUAUCAAAUCCAUAUUUAAAAUUUACUAAAGUAGAUGCUGAAACUGCAAAAAAGGCAUUUACUCCUUAAGAACUUAAAUAAAUAAUGGAUAUGUUUGUUUAUUUUGAUAAAACUGGAAAUAGUACUAUUAAACGUGAUGAUUUGGGUUUUGCUUUAAGGGCCAUAGGAUAUUUAGUUACAACAAUUGAAAUUAGAGAAUUAGGAAUGUAUUUGGAUCCCAAAAAAACAUAAAUUUUGAAUUUUGAAUAGUUUAUAACAGCUUGUUAUAAUGUUAGAAAUCGUAAACCAAAUAAAUAAGAGAUUAUAAAUGCCUUAAAAAUAUUUGAAAAAAAUAAAUCUGGUUACAUAGAUAUUAAAGAAAUAAAAUCAAUCAUUACUAAAAUUGGAGAUGUUCUUAAUUUAACAGAAUUUGAUAUUGUUAUCUCUGAAAUAACCUAAUCAUAAAAUGGAUAUAUUAAAACUGAUGAUUUAGUUAAUUUGCUUAUUAUGUAAUGA